AUGCUGACUGAGGUAAUUGCAGAGGAAGGAAUGCUGGAGCAUAAAAUAUGCCUAGAAAUGGAAAGAGAGUUAGAGCUAGUCAACUUGAAGGAGAAAUACAUUUUGGAAGAGAUAAAGUCCUUGAAGAAAGAGUUUCUUAAAUCCCAGCAGGCAAUUGAAAGGGUUAAGAGUGUUCCACUAAUAAUGGGGCACUUUUUGGAGGCAAUAGAUGCAGACACCGCUAUUAUUGGAAGUACAGCUGGAUCUAAUUCAAUAGUGAAGGUGCUCUCCACAGUAAACAAGGAGCUGUUAAAGCCCAACACAAGUGUAGCCCUGCACAGACACUCCAGCGCGCUUGUAGAUGUCCUUCCACCAGAAGCAGAUAAUAUAUUCUCAGUGCUUGGGGAAGAGGGCAGGCCAAAUGUAACAUACGCUGACAUUGGAGGAUUGGACAGCCAAAAGCAGGAGAUACGAGAGGCAAUUGAGCUUCCCCUAACAGACCUAGCACUCUACCAGCAAAUAGGCAUAGAGCCACCCAGAGGGGUGCUUCUGUAUGGGCCUCCUGGUACGGGAAAAACCAUGCUUGUCAAGGCAGUGGCCCACCACACAAAGGCUACAUUCAUCCGGGUAAAUGGCUCUGAGUUUGUGCAGAAAUAUCUAGGAGAAGGCCCAAGGAUGGUGCGAGACAUUUUCAGACUUGCAAUUGAAAAGGCGCCUUCAAUUAUCUUCAUAGAUGAAGUGGAUUCUAUAGCGACAACUCGAUUUGACUCAGCCACAAGCGCAGAUAGAGAGGUGCAGAGAGUUCUAAUUGAGCUUCUGAACCAAAUGGAUGGGUUUGACCAGACCACAAAUGUAAAGGUAAUCAUGGCCACGAAUAGAGCUGACACAAUAGAUCCUGCCCUUCUUCGGCCUGGCAGACUCGACAGAAAGAUUGAAUUCCCUGUUCCCGAUAGGAGGCAGAAAAGAAUGAUAUUCACAACAAUAACCAAUAAAAUGAGUCUUUCAAACGAGGUCAAUUUGGAGGGACUGGUUUCCAGGUCAGACAAGCUCUCUGCAGCUGAAAUUAACUCUAUAUGCCAGGAGGCAGGAAUGCUGGCUGUGCGUAACGGAAGAUACAUGGUUUCCCAGAAUGACUUUGAAGCUGCAUACGCCAGGAUAGUUGAAAAGAAGAAUUCAGAGCAUGUGUUCUACUACUGA